AUGCUACAAACUCAUCCAAAAAGCCACUCAAUGAAGUUCUUGCUCUUUGCGAUACUUCCAUUGUUAGAAGCCUGGCCCAAUCCGAACAGCAGCGACGGAAUCUUCAGGGGCUCGGACAAGCAUCCUAGUCUUCCGCAACUUAAAUAUUCUCACACAGCACAACUUGGAUACUGCGAAGAAGGAUGGGCUUACUGCAACAAAACGCAUGCUUGUUAUAAGAACUUCUUCUUGGACGACUGGGACAAUGCUGAAAGCCGAUGCAUUGCCGUUGGAGGACAUUUGACUUCAAUACACAGCCAUGACGAAAACUCCUUUAACUUCUUCUUGGACGACUGGGACAAUGCUGAAAGCCGAUGCAUUGCCGUUGGAGGACAUUUGACUUCAAUACACAGCCAUGACGAAAACUCCUUUGUAGCCGAGUUGGCAAGGUCGGGAAUCAGAAUGUCUAGUUCUGAUCAAGCAACUUGGAUAGGUCUGGUACAAUCCAAUCAUUUGAACAGCAACUCUACACUUGAAUGGAUAUGGAUUGACGGCACGGAGGUUGACUUCCAUAACUGGGCUCCCGGGGAACCUGGUAAUCAAGGAGGAAUGCAACAAUGCGUAAUGAUUGCCUCCGAUCCUUAUGCAGCCAAUCUAGACAACAAAUUCAGUUUACGGCAUCGGAAGUGGAACGACUACCUCUGCACUCAAAUCUUGAGAUCUUUUGUAUGCAAGAAAAUGGCUUUUGCACUAGAUGCAAAAUAAAAGUGCAUUUGAUUGUUGUAGACGACAAAUUGCAACACCGUCAGGCUUUGAGCAAUUGUCGA